AUGCUGAAGCAAAAGAAGCAACUACUUGAAGGCAGUGAUACUGAUGAUCAGAUAACUGGUAUCAGAGAUCAAAUGAUGAGUGACUCAUGGUCACCUGUUCUCACAGUGAGAGAUUUGGGUUCUAUGUUAGAGGUGUGCGUGAAGAGUGGGUCAAACAAGAAGUUCAUGUUGCAUCAAGUAAUCCAAGUUCUUGUGGAAGAAGCAGCUCAGGUUGUAGCUCUUAGCUACUCCAAUGUUGGGGAUAGGAUCUUCUAUACGAUUAACGCUGAGGCUGUUAGUCCUAGAAUUGGCAUAGAGACUUCAAGGGUGCAUGAAAGAUUGAAGGAACUGAUUUUUUGA